UAGAAAAGAUCAUGCAUGCCUUAUUUUUUUAUUUCUCUUUAAUAUUGUUACUUAGUGAACUAUGACCUCGAACCUGCGCAGUGUUCCCGAUUCGGGAGCUGAUUUUGAAAACACUUAUCGCGCGAUACAGUCUGUCUGUAUCCUCGCUAUGCCUGUGGUCAUACAACUGUACGCUACAGACCGUCGAGCUGCUACAGGAGUGUGCGCCGCUUCAACUGUUUUUACAUCGCUCUACGAGAUCACAAAAACCAUACCAGCGAAUGUAACUGAUGAUUUUCGACGCCGCCUACGAAGUAUUCUGUUCUAUGUAGAACAGAUUUGUUACUGGCCUGAACCUAGCCCCUCCUCAACCACCACACUAUCUGUUCUUGAUGCCAUCAUCCUGCCAGAGACAAACCAGUUAAGACGACAAGCUGUUAGCAGGGUACAAAAAGGGGUUUCUUCGUUCGCUGCGUCACCGGAGGACGAAAUUUUGCCAUACAUCAAGAAGUUCAGGAAAUUCGCGAAUCGAUUGAGCCCUUCGAAUGGUGAACAUCGCAAAUUGUUUGAAAGUGCGAUAAUACAUCCUAGUGCAGACGUAGAUGACUAUCCAGACGAGGUCAACAUCACAUUACACAAAGUUUUAGACAGACAUUCUCGCUGCACCUGUGAAGCUCCUCAGGGUUCUAGCGAGAGACAUCAUGCGAGGCUCCAAUUGAGAAGGCCACUCAAAAAACAAGAUAAGCAUUUUGCGUUUGAUCUGCUCCUUUCAUCCAUGCAUACAUCAUUCGGUCACUGGCAGGAUGUUGAAUUGCAGGUUGCCACGCACAAGAACAACAGCUCUGUCCACUUUCCUGGUGACAAUAGCGAUUACCAAUUACAAGAACGUUCUUCGGAACUAGGACCGGGCUACUUCUGUGACCUUCUAAAGUCAGAGCUUGCGUCGAGAGUUUGCUUGAGAGCUCAAAAGUCAACACUUUAUGAGUUGUCCAGCUUAGGUGUUCUACAGAACGUCAGACCCGGACCAAGCAUUCCACUCAGAAAAAUCUUCCAGAGUUAUCGGCUCCCGAGUAAGACAAAGCUAAUUCUAUGCUACAUUGUAGCAAGGUCAGUCUGGCAAUUCUAUGACACUCCAUGGAUGGCGUCAAGGUGGUCAAGCGAUACAAUUCAUUUCUUCCCUAAUCUUCCUGAGCAUAGCAUGUACUUCACUAAGGAUGGACAUGCCUGCAAGCCAUAUUAUUCUAUCAACUUCAAUCAACCCGACCAAAUCCUGGAAGAAUAUUGCGAGUGUCCAUCUGUGAUAUUCCGAUAUCCACGCCUGCUAGAUCUUUGUAUCACGUUGCUUGAAUUAGGGACGGGACGUGGUCUCGAACUGGCCACUGACGACUCAAUACCUGCUAGGAUGAACAAAAAUUGGCAAAUAGCUAAGGCUUUGAUACAGAAUUCCAGUUGUUGGCGUUACGAGGAUUUUGAAUACGCUGACUUUAAAGAGGCAAUCGAUAAGUGUCUUGAUAGUGGAGUAUUCGAACCAACUAUCCGAUAUGAAGGAGAUCCACAAUGCCUGGUCCACGACAUUCCAAAAAGGCGGAAGAUAUUAUAUGAUACUGUUAUAGCACCACUUCGCAGCUUACUUGGAGUCUAUCAGUCUUUGGAUACCAUAGAUGAUAUGAUCCCGGUCUUCGAUAUUAGACCAGAACAAGCCCCACGGGUCCUCCCCCCACAACAAACAGGCCAUAUACCAAAUACCACUAAGGUAGAUGGAUAUGAUCGUGAUACGGGUGAAUCUACUGAAUGGAUUAGGUGCUUGCAAGAAAUUAAUCGAAAAAUGCGCAGUGAAUAUCAAGAUGUCUACGAAUCAGCUCACCCCAUUAGAGUCGCCAUACUAGAUACUGGGUAUGACCAGGAUACCCCCUUUUUCCAGGAUAUGCCACGAAGGCGGCAAGUCAAAGGCUGGAAGGACCUUUACGAGAAACAGACUAGUGCAGUAGAUGAAUGCGGCCACGGAACACAUACCCUAGCUCUGGCUAUGAAGGUUGCUCCCGGUGCACAUUUCUAUGUGGCAAGAAUUACCAGAGACACAGAGGGGAUGAAAAACGCACCCAAGGCUAUAUGCGAAGCAAUCAAAUGGGCGAGUGAAGAUUGCGAGGCCGAUAUUAUCUCAAUGUCGCUUGGUUUCGCAAAGGAGAACCAAGAAAUCAGUAAUGCCAUUUAUAACGCAGUCAGAAUCCGGUCCGGGCGUAUCCUCUUCUUUGCUGCAGCAUCUAACUCGGGAGGAAACGACGUAGAGUGGUUCCCAGCUUGCCACAGCUCAGUUAUCUCCAUUCGACAGACAAACGCAAAAGGGGAAUUCUCUGAUAACAAUCCUCCAGUCAAUAUGGAUGGCCCAGUCGUCUAUGGGACUUUAGGACAAAAUGUUCCUUCGGCAUGGUUGUCAAAUGUAAUUGGCGAGAUCACAAAAUCCGGUACAUCUGUAGCUACGGCAAUCGCAGCGGGAAUUGCAGCUAUGAUGCUCUUAUUUGCAACUAUCCAGCGCAGGCAUAGCACUUGCUCUCCCUUAGGCGUUGAUAAAUUGAGAACACAAGAUGGAAUGGUUGCACUGUUCGCCAAGAUGUCGCAAGAUAUGGGAAAUAGAACCAGAUUUCUAUCGCCACUCUACUUCUUCAAGAAGGGGGGGAACUUCCAAGGAUGUUGGAGAUUAAUGAAUGAGACAUAAUUAUAUCAUACCAUCAAUACUAAUACCGACAAUGAUUGUACA